AUGAAGCUCCAGCCUUGCCUCGGGCCGCGGUCUCCCUGUGAGCGGCCCUGCGCACGGAGCGUAAAGCCAGAGCGAGUGCGCGCGCCUCACUGUCACUCAGCUCAGCAUCCCGAGGACUUCCACACCGCUGCAGCAACGCGACACAUCCAGGCGAAAGAGAAAAACCACCAAACGCGAAUACUUCUCACCUGCACCGCUGUUUCCAAGCAUCCAUCUGUCAACAUGAGCGAGGUGGCAUCCACUAACUCUGCUAACAGCAGCCAGACGAGUGCGGCUGACAACAAAGAGAAGGCCUCCGAAGUGAAGCCCCAGGAGCAGGAAGAGGAGGUGGACAUUGACCUGGAGGCACCCGAGACGGAGAAGGCAGCGCUGGCCAUUCAGAACCAGUUCAGACGCUUCCAGAAGAAAAAGAAGUAG